CAUUUGAUCUACCGUUCAUCUCCUUAUUCCAUUUGGAUUCUUGAUUUAUUUAUUUUUCUUUCUGUAUUGCAGAGAUGUUGGUGCAACCGGAUGACCAUGGUUGGGUUUACACAGAUGAUCAGUGGCAUCAUCCCGAGAAGCCGUCGAUCCACACGAAAAGACGCAGCUCAUCCGAUCUUCCUCCACAACAACAACAGGUCACAAGACGCCGACGAUGGGUACGUCACUGUGAACGCCGGUUGCCAACGAAAGGAUACUAAGGACAGUGACGGUGAAUCACCCUUCUAAUGGGCCUCUUUUUUAUACAUGCAAUGGAUAUUGUCGUUUUUUAUUAUUAUUAUUAU